CACCAUCACGCCGCACACCGCCUGUUCUUGAAGUGUGGGCGCCGCCAUGUCGCACCUAUACCCUCACCUGCGCAUUCACCAAGUCUUUGGCGCUAACACGGAUGUGGGCAAGACGAUCUUCACGACGGCGCUUUGCUUAGCCAGCUCUGUCUUGCCGUUGCCCUCGACCUCCUCUUCACACGAUGACGAUGUGCGGUCUGCCAUCGCUGGCAGCUCUCGCGGCGAGAGCGUCCACUACCUCAAGCCAGUCUCCACAGGCCCAAUGACCGAUUCAGACGACGGACACAUUGCCCGCUACGCCAAUCCUUCCUCGCAGCAUACGCUGCUGCGCUUCUCCAACGCAGUGUCUCCUCACCUGGCCGCACGACUUGGCCCUCCAUCAGCUUCGCCACUCGCGGAUCUCUCACGUCUGCCCACCGAUGCCGAGCUCGUCCGCUCCAUCGGCCACUGGAUCGAUUCAAAAGCCUCAACCUCAUCAUCGCGCGGCGUCGCAUACAUCGAGACGGCGGGCGGACCGCACUCUCCCAGCCCCUCAGGCAAGUCACAGGUCCAUUUGUUACGUCCACUACGCUUACCGACCAUCUUGGUGGGCGAUUCACAACUGGGAGGCAUCUCAACGACGAGGUCAGCGUACGAGAGCCUCGUCGCUGCCGGAUACGAUGUCGAGGCCAUUCUUCUCUUCUCUCAGGGCGCAGAGGACAAGUGGGGAAAUGCAGACUACCUCUCGCAGUGGGGAGAGGAGGUUGGUGUGCCCGUUUGGGGACUUCGAGGCGCUUCACAAGCAGGUCCGCCGGCGUGGGCUCGGUCCCAGCAGGAAGAAGAGCAAAACAUGCGCAACUUCUACCGCCACCUCGUCUACGGCAAGGGCAGGUUGACGGAGGGAGGCGCAGAGCCAUCAUCGGGCGUCGUAGACGUUGUCAAGGACCUUCGCAGCCGCCACCAGUCACGCAUCACGGAGCUGGGCACAUUCGCCAGAAGGACAAUGGACAGCUGCUGGUGGCCCACAACACAGCAUUCACUCGCCAAGUCAGAAGCAGAUGUGACGGUCAUAGAUUCGGCGCAUGGCGACUUCUUCUCGACAUUUAAGCAGCAACAGGGCGACGACGCAGCGAGCACCUCACUUCUCGCCCCGAUGCUUGACGGCUCUGCAUCGUGGUGGACUCAAUGCCUUGGCCACUCACAUCCGCGCCUAGCUCAAGUUGCAGCUCAAGCAGCGGGCAGAUACGGGCACGUCCUCUUUCCCAUGGCAGCCAAUGAGCCUGCUCUCAAGCUCGCAGAGGGCUUGCUUGGUCGCCUGCCAGAACAGCAGCAACCAGCGGGGGAAACACACGCAGCAUUCCCCUCGCCAGGCUUUGGCUGGGCGGACCGAGUUUUCUACUCAGACGACGGCUCGACAGGCAUGGAGGUCGCGCUGAAGAUGGCAAUGGCAGCAGCACGCACGAGGUACGCGCCAGCCGCGCUCACACCUGCCUCUACGCAGCGAGCAGCAGCAGGGCGAGAAGCUGGCAGCAUAGCGGGUCGACCAGAGAGAGAGUGGAAGGUGCUUGGUCUCAAGGGCAGCUACCAUGGCGACACAAUCGGAGCCAUGGACGCCAGCGAACCGAGCGUCUACUCCAACAUGGUGCAUUGGUACCGCGGACGAGGAGAGUGGAUCGAGCCACCGCAAGUCUCCGUCGUGAAUGGUGUCCCGACGGUCAAGGUGCCUGGCGGAGAUGCUGGGCUCGAGUGGGACAAGGCGGAUGGCAGUCACUCAUACUCAUCGCUACAAGCCGUCUACGACGUGCCAUCGCGCCUCUCGUCCGACCCUCUGGCCAAGACGUACCGUGCCACGAUCUCAGCAUGGCUCGACCGCGUCGUUCGACUCGAGGGAAAUCGCUUCGGAGCCCUACUGAUGGAGCCACUCGUCUUGGGCGCUGCAGGCAUGAUCUUCGUCGACCCGCUCUUCCAACGUGUCCUCGUGGACGUCGUCAGGGAGAGCGAGUCGCUUUUCGCCCUAUCGGAUGCCCCUCUGCGCGAUGCGACGGCCGCGACGAGUGCUCCGCGUGGUGACGGUGAAUGGAAAGGCCUGCCCGUCGUCUUCGAUGAGGUAUUUGCUGGACUCUACCGACUCGGGCCCUUGUCCCCUUCGCUCUCAGUCCUCGGCGUCAAGCCGGACAUCUCUUGCCUAGCCAAGAUCCUCACGGGCGGUCUCGUACCCAUGGCAGUGACGCUCGCAUCUCGCUCCAUCUAUGAGACCUUCCUCUCUGCCCGUGGCAAGAAGGAAGAAGCCCUUCUGCACGGCCACAGCUACACGGCUCACGCGAUUGGUUGCGAGGUGGCGCGGGAGACUUUGCGUAUCUUGGGAAGCGUGGAACAAGAAAGUCAGCGAGGACAGGGCGGCGGCUCAGCUGCGUCGAUUUGGCGACAGAGCAAGGCGCAGUGGGCCAAUGACGCCAGCGUCUUCUCGCCCGGACGCCCUGAGAGCCAGUCUUCCCCAUCCAUCUGGUCCCUGUGGUCGCCUCAGUACGUCGCCGACCUUUCACGCUCAUCGCCUCGUGUCGAGCACACAAUGACGCUAGGCUCAGUCCUCGUCGUCAAGUUGCGCAAUGCAGAGGGCGAGGGCGGCUAUGGUAGUACCGCAGCGCAAGACGUCGUGAAGCGACUGCGCACCGGUCUUGCGAGGCAGAUGGGCCAUCCCAGCCAGCCAAAGAGCGAUCCCGGCAAGGACGAUUCGGUCCUGUCCUUCAAUGUGCACGCUCGACCCCUCGGCGACAUACUGUACAUCAUGUGCUCGCUCGAUACCAGUGACGAGGUGAGGCAGGCGGUGCAGGACGUGUUGCGUCGCGAGCUUGCGGCCUGAACAGUCAGUCUGUUGUUCGCGCCAAUGGAGAAAAAAUGCAUUUCGAAAAGGGUGUGUGAAAGUGUGCAGAGAGAAACAAGGCAGUCGCGAAUGUAGAUGCUGGUGUGGCGCUGGAUGGAUGAACUGGCUGGAUAAAGUGGGUGUAAGGACGCGAGAUGCUGAAUGAUGCGAUGCUGAAGCGUAAUAGGCU